CUCGAGUGUCGAGUGAUAGAUAAAAGCUCCUGGGACAGGGGGGCGCCUGCUUUACACCGAAGCGUAGAGCGGGCUUGGAGUCAGUCGAAUCUGUGCCACAGUGCGAAGCCGACAGGGAGCAGAGCGGAGCCUUCAUAGUCAGACCGAACACCGUAUACCCCUCCAAUAAUUAUCGAGAACCGACACGUCAAGGAUAUCGCAGCCGAGAACAACCAGAGUUUCGAAAGUGAGGCUUGAAGAACACCGGCGGAGAAUCGCUGCUGCAUCGUUGAAUUGUGAAAGAAAGUAACGGAACAGAAGCAAACAUGAGCUGCGGAAUAUCGUGUAUCAAGUACCUCCUCUUCAUAUUCAACUUUGUCUUUGUCCUGGUCGGUUUAGUCCUUCUUGGAUUUGGCGUUUGGAUACAUCUGGAAUUGGACGACUACCAAAAAAUUAGCGAAACCGUCGGAGCUCCAGCAAUCGCGCUGAUAAUCCUCGGCUCGAUAAUAUUCGUAAUCGCAUUCUUCGGAUGCUGCGGAACAAUAAGGGAGAAUCACUGCAUGGUUGUAACGUUCGCCGUCUUCCUUCUCGCUAUCCUGAUCAUCCAAAUCGCCAUCGGUGUAUGGGCCUUCCUCAUAUACAAGGAUGUCGGUACCGACGAGUGGACACAGGACAUCGCCACCACUUACAAAGACUUAUUCGCGAAAUACUGGUCCAGCGAAAAUGAAAAGGCCGUUAUCGACGUGGUACAGAGCAAUUUGAAUUGCUGCGGAAUAGCUUCAUCCGAGGACUACACCAAUCGUUCCUACUUCACCAACAGCACCGCCAUCCCCUGGAGUUGCUGCGGAAAUGCUGAGAAUGCCAAUUGCGUAUCAUCGUCAACGGUAUACCAAAAAGGUUGUCUCGACUCUCUGGAGGAAUUCUUCGGCAGCUUCGCAAAGAUCAUUGGCGGAAUUGCCAUCGGCGUUGCUGCAACUGAGUUGGUCGGAAUAAUAUUCGCCCUGUGUUUGGCGAACUCGAUCAGGAACGACGACCGAAGAGGCUACAGGGUGUAAAUGUAACUCGACUGACAUAAAUCGAUCGAAGAAAAUACCGCGUGGAGAUCGAAAAUUCUGUGUAACAUUCGAAAGCCAAUUUCAAUACAAUAUCCUUGCUAAUUUGCAUAUAUUACUCGUAUUUUGCACGCGGCGUGCGUGGGAGGAUCGGCCGAGGUUGAUCUCGUCGAGUUCGUGAAAAGCAUUUGAAAAACAAGAAAACAAUGGAAAGCUACAACUGAAUUCUAGAAAAAAAUUAUAUAAAGCGAGAAAUUGUAAACGAAUAAUACGCACUACGGGUGCAACGAUAACAAUGUACAAAACCUAUUUUCACCGGCUGGUUCGACAUCCUCGGUCAUGUUGGUCUGAUCGUCUCAUUAAUUGGAGUCGUAAUUAAAAACAACUGCUCGCCAAUAACUUAUGACAACGCAGUGCGGUUGUAUCGGGGAGAAAUUAUUUACCGUAGAUAAUAAACUUGGAUGAUGAAAAACUGUAGUUUACUUGCAAAGCUGAUACGUAUGAUAUGAUGCUUGAAACGCAAGGAGAUGAAAUUCUUUCACCAUAUAAAUUCAUAAACGUACCAUUGUUGAAUGAAUAAUAAUGUAACACGGUUGUAUCGAAAAAUUUGUUUUUUCUCCUCGCUUGGAGAUUUCUCAAUUGUAAAUUUUUUUUAUUUUUUUUUUCUUUCGUUUCAUUGUUUUUCUUUUCGUCCUAGUUACGUAAAUCUCGACUAUACACUAUGAUAAUAUAUUUAUUAUUAUAUUUUAUCUGCUUCUUGUGUACGAAGCUGUGAAUUCUACGAUUUGUGGCUUUUUCAUUAGCGCGAGGCUCUUUUUUUCUCCUCCGUCACCGUAAUAAUAAUUUUACUAUUAUACACCGUUACACUAUGUAUACAAUAAUUCCUUACGGUAGAUGUACACGAGUUUUUUGUUUUUUUUUUAAUUAUUUUUUUUUCCCCAAAUGGAGCAACACAAAAAUUUAUACACAUUUUAUGUACCUAUACAUCUAAGUAUACAAAAUAUUUUAAAUAAAAAAAAAUAUUGCUAAAUUUA